AGCUGUAGGCAGUCUGUUUGUGAGCAGGAAGGUAGGUGGUACGUGCUAGCCUGCAGAGUGUCAUUUAGGAGUAUUUCGUCGAAGAAAUUGAUGAGUGCUAGCGCAUUCUUUCGUGAACGUGACAGAGAAAGUUGUGACACAGAUGUCGCGUCCUCGAAAUCCGGGUGAAAUGAAAAGGCAAUAGCCAAAAGAACUGAUACGAAGACUUCGAUAUGUCUGAGUUUUACGAUUUCUUCUGGGGCACUGCUGAAACAAACAGGAAUUUCGACAUAAACAUUGAAACAACUGACACACCAUUGGCACGCAGUGUUGCUUUAGAAAGUUUCAGAAGCUUAGUUCUUGCUCGUCCCGAUGCCGGGAGUCUACGAUCUGAUGAUGAAUUCCUAAUCCGAUUUCUGGCAGCAAGAAAAAUGAAUGUUCCAGACGCCAUGCUGGUGUAUAAACAACUACUACAGUUUCCUGCGUCGCAAUCACGAACUAAUUUCUGACUAUGGCGUCGACAAUGUCGAGGUAAAGCAAGCCUUGGAAGAUGGGCUACCUGGAGUGCUGCAGCAGCGAGAUCGUCGAGGACGUCGUAUCAUGGUUUUGUUCGCUGCUGAAUGGGAUCCGUAAUAUUUGGCUAACGAGCCGAUACUCGGUCUCAACUAUACAAAAGAAACGAAAUGCAUUUAUGUUACAGGCCAUUCAUAUUUCACUUGAUCUGCUGCUACAGGAUUCAGUGGUUCAAGAUAGAGGCUUAGUUCUCAUAAUUGACUGGAGUCAGUUUUCCUUUCGGCAGUAUAGCAAACUCCAGCCUGCUGUCCUUCACUCCAUAGCCCACGGAUUGGAAUAUUGCUAUCCGGUGCGUUUCAAAGCGAUUCACUGCGUUGGGCCGCCUUGGUACGUCGAUGCAGCUAUGUCGCUUCUGAAGCCAUUCUUACGUGAAACGUCGAGGGCAAAGAUUUUCAGCUGUGGAAAUAACUUGUCCAUCUUGCAUCAAGCUGUAUCGCGAGAAAUUUUGCCAGCUGAGCUCGGAGGGGAGCAAGGUCCAUAUCUAUCUUCCAUUUGGAUAGAUAAUCUAAGAAGAGCUCAAGUUUGAGUUUAAAAGAUUUGAUUACGAGAAGAAGGAGUUUCCUGUGCGUAACGAAAAACGUGUAAUUACCAUGAGGAAGCAUGGAAUGGACGCUAUCAGUGCCCAGGACAGCUGCCACAAAUUGAUGAUGCCUCACGUAAUUUUCCUCAAGUUUAUUUAACUUCUCCAGCUCGAGUCCAUUCUUCCAAGCAAUCACUACUUCACGUGCAAUGGAUAACACCUGUUGUAGGAAUUGUCUGAUCAGAAAAUAUGGGUACUUCCCAACUUCUACACUUGUUAUACCUCGUUGAUGGCAUCGCGCAAAAAGGCCCCCGACGGUUGUUGCAGGCAUUGUUUAUGUAUAGAAAUAACAUAUUCUUGGUGGCUGUCGAUUAUUUGACCAAGAUGAACUGCAUUUUCUAGUUGCAUAUCCAAUCGAAUAUGUGAUGAUUCUAAAACACACUCCAUUAUGUAGUUGUCCACACUAGAAAUAAAAUAAAGCAGCCAAGCCCGUAA